AUGGCAGAAAAACCAUCAGUUAUGCUAACUGAUGGCGGUUUAUGGAAUACACGAAAAUCACAAUAUAGUGCUGAAACGACUAAAUUACUUAAGACACUUAUGGAUGAAUCUCGUAUUAAUAAUUUUCAACGUCAUCAACUUACAAAACAUAUGCUUCGAGGUGAAUCAUUGCCUGAAAGACUCGGCCCAUCAUCAACGCAAACGAAAGCACCAGUAACUAAACGAAUAGAUACAACUCGUCAAUCAAGAACUGCACAUGCUUCUGGAUUACGUACUUAUAAUGAUAUUGUUAAUUCAGGAGCUUAUACUCCACCUGAUUAUCAUCCAAGACCUACGAAAGUUCGUACUGAACAAGAAAAAGAUCGUCUAGCACAUUUAAUGGCAUAUGGAAUUGAUCCAACAAAAAUGGCACUUCAAGCAGCACAACGUUCACCAACACCACCACCACGUGAACUUGAUCGAUUCGAUGAAUUGGUACUUGAAAUCGAAGAAAGAAAACAAUUUCUUGAUCAAAUGACUGCACUUGGUAAAAAAAAAGAAUAUCAACAAGUCAUAUCAAAUGAAAUUGCCGAUAAAAUACGUGAAAUGGAACAAAUUGAUCGACAACGUUCAAAAGCCUUAGAAAAACGUUUAAAGGAACAAUCCUAA